AUGUGUGGCCGACCAACUGAUACACAGUUGGGCGCGCUGCCAGAAUCAGCUAAUGACGGCAAACGUCUUAUAGAUUUGGCAGCGGUCUGUCGCCCUCGCUCCUAUGCUGAAGACGCAGACCUUACUGCGGUAGUAGAGACUAAUAUGAACGCACAGAACGAGAGGUUAACUAAGCAAUCGACACGAAUUGGCAACAGUGUCAGGGACUCAACCUUAGGACGGGCAGCGGCCGCAGCGCAGCUUACUCAGACGCGGUGGUCGCCUACUGUAUCGCGCAGCCUUACCACCGACAGACCAUGCUUAAAAGUUCACAGACGUCACUUCGAACCCGUGCGUCAAGUAAGUUACAUGAUGGCACGAAGCAACAGUUGGAUGACAGACUAUGCAGAGGAGGUGCUUUCAUGGAUGCAUUAUCGAGAGAUGCAGCACAUUCCAUACAACGGUAAUUCGCCACAGAUACCAAUGAGAGCUGGGAUAAUAGAAUUCUUGUGUAUGGUGAGUGAGCGUCUGAAGCUAAGUGUUGCAACAACCCACCUCUCAGUUUACCUUCUAGACAGAUUCAUGGAUGCCCACCAAAUAGCAGACAGCCAGCUACGACUAACAGCUCUCGCUGCUAUAUUGUUGGCUGCAAAAUUUGAAGAAAAGGAUAUGAAUGUUCCAAGAAUUCCGGAGCUGAAUGCUUUUGUAAAUAACAGAUACGGUACUAAAAUCUUUAACUCGAUGGAAGCUUUUAUGCUCAAGUACUUCAACUGGAAUGUAGGGACUGUGACAGUGGCUCACUUUGCUGAGUUCUACCUCAUGCAUGGAAUAACAGCUGGUGACACGACUGAAGGAGAAAGCCUUGCAGCCCCUGCAUUAACCAGGCAAACACUUUGGAGGACAACUGCUCACUUUCUUGAUAUUACACUACAAGACCAAGUUUUUCUACAAUGGCCUAGCUCACAAGUGGCUGCAGCAUGUGUCGCUUGUGGACGCUUGUUCUGUCAUUUACUCCCAACAUGGCCAGUGGCACUCGAAGGCACAACGGGAUACCAACUACAGGCUCUCUCACAACUUAUGGAUCUGUUAUUGAGAUUAAAUGAAAGUGAAGAAAAGAGCAGUGUCUGCAACACCCCAGAUUCUGGAUAUGGGAGUCGCUGCUCCAGUCUCCAAGGAUCUCCAUAAGUACUAGAGAGUUCAGUUCAAGUGCUUCAUAGAUGUAUAUAAGAUGUUGGAUUUGCUGCUAGUCAAGUAUUGUGUACAUUCCACAAGACUUAUAAAUGUAAGGUUUUUAUAUUGAGUUAUGGAUGUUUUUUGUAGAACUUUGGUAUUUAGUUUUUGUUCAUCAUGCAGUAUAUUGUACAGUAUCAUGAAAUUUUGCAUUGAAUAGAAAAUGUGUGGACUAAGGAUUGUUAUGAAAAAAUGAUAAGAAGCAGUGAGUACCUGUGAAACAUUUAGCAUUAUUUGUAUUAGUUUUCUUCACUGUUAAUGUUGCAUGAUGAGCACCUAAGAGUUUUGAAAUACAUUGGAAAGUUUAUGAAUUUUGCAUUACUGUAAUAUAAAAUAUUUUCAAAUUCACUUUGUUUGAAUUUGUAAACAAGGAACAGUGGCAAGGUAAAGUAGAAAUGAUUUUGUAUUUCUGUGAUAUGUUUAACUAAUACAUCUGUGGUUAUACACUGAUGAAGUAUCCCCAGUAAAAUGCCUUUUUUUUUAAUUUCAUAAGCUGUCUUAUUAUAUAAUUGGCAUUAGUGUACUGUACUGUGAAUGAAUAACUUAAGAUGUAAUUUAUUUAUAAUUUCCACCACUUAUCAGCAUACCAGUUGUUCAGGUUGUCAGUCUGUUGGAUUUUUUAUUAGAAUGAUACUUGUGAAUUUUCAUAUUUCAAGUGGCCUCGUAUAAUAAUAUUACCUCCAUCUACAACACAGCUACAUCAUUUAUAUGCAAAUUACAAUAGGAAAAUGUACAUGAUGAGGAAGUUCUUUUGAAUAUCCUUUAAAUUAAUUUAUUUCUUUGAACCUCACGUGGCUAUGACAUUGCCAUGACCUGAUCUCCAGAAGAUCAUUAUUAUUAUUUGUUAAUUUUUAAUUUUGUCUCAAAAACAGAAAUUGAAGUGGAUACUUUAAACAGCCAUUCAGGUAUUGAUGGGUUCCUAUCUAGAUAUGUAUGGUAGCUAUCAUAAUGCUGGUGUUUAGAAUGCUUUUUUAUUUUAGAGGAAUUUUUCAGUAUUUUCUGUUGUUCAUGCUCAUCCUCUCAACUUAAUCUUGUACAGUACUCUGGUGCUCAGAGUACAGUAUGUUGAAUGUCUCAAGAUAAAUAGGCAUGACUUACAAAGGCUGGGAUUUAUUAUUAACAUUUUAAUUAGCUUUUACCCUGUACAGUACAGUAAAAAGGCCCAGGCAGCAUUAGAAUAAUUAGCUGAGGAAAAAGUAUUAGUUCUGUUCUUAAGAUUACAAUGUGGUCUAGGUAUACUGUAUAUUAUACUUGUACAUAUAUAAUUGUAUCAGAUCAUUGUAGGGCAUUGUCCUUGUGAGUAGAUAGAUCUAAAUGCUGUUUAGAUGCUUUUUUUCGGUUUACAGGUAAUUAUAUUGAAAGUUAACAAGCAGGAUUUCCAUGCAAAAGGAAUAUGCAUACCUGUAUAUUUCAUGUUUGAGGAAGGAGAUAGAAAAUGGUUAAUAUUCCUGUUUUGUUUAUCAAGGUUUUGUAGUUUUGUUCAUUGGCGUAGCUAAAACUUACAGUAUGUAUAGUACGUGUUUAGUUACAUUUUUUUAUAUCCCUCUACAGUACUUUUGAAAUAAACGGUAAGUAAUAUCACAAUUUUGUCAUAGUAAACUUUAUUAAGCAACAACUACAGCAGAUGGGUAUUAGGUUAAGGUUUAAAGUAGGUGAUCUUGUUAUAAUGGUGCUAUUAACUUAAAUUGUGCACAAAUGCUAGUGGAAUAAGAACCGAACGACUUUGAGUGGAAACUUCUACUUUCCAUUUGUUUGUACUGUGCAGUGUGUCAUCCAUUAAUACAUAAUUAUAAUAGUAGAUACUGUGAUACAUAGAAGUCAUUUAAAAUUCUUGUUUAUUAGUUUUACGGUUUAAGGUUCAGCUCUUAUUAACCAAGUUUUACUGAUUUUCAUUUAAAUUUUCCAAUAUUCAUUGUAAAUAUUUGACAUACUUUUCUCUGUUCUAGUCAAACUUCAAGAACAUAUUUUUUGUUGCAAUUUCUUUUGGUUCUGUCUUUUCGUUCUUUAAUACACAAAUGGCGGGUAAUGUUUGUAAUUGUUCAAAUGACUGUAUCUUAUGUGAGCUUCUAAAUAAAUUUCGCAAAUGGCAUAUACCAAUACAGUACUGUACAAAAAUGUAGAAUUUUUUUCCCUCGGAAAAAUGAAGAGGUAUAUCCCUGGAAGUGUUUAGCUUUGAUAAGGAAGCAAAUGUAUUUGUGAAGAGAGAAGAUUACUGUACAGUAUAUGGAAUGUAUAGAACAUGUCUUGGUAUAUACACUCAAUAAUUGGGGAUUCUAAUCUUUGCAUUUUGAUACUUUGGUAAAAGACAGCUUGCUCAUUAUAAGAUUAUGAAUACAGCCUCACCUAAACCAAUAGAACCAAUGCACUGUAUGUGCAUCAAAGGUCAGUGAUUCAUGAUCUUGAACAAAUCUAUAAUAGUUAUACAAGGGGCCCCCCCAAGUUCGCUGAUUUUUUACUUCGUGGUUCUCGGUUAUUCGCGGAUGACACCCCUGGAUGUACUCAAGAAUGUCUGUGGGUACAAAUAAAUAAUAAUGGGAAAAUACUCUCUCAAAUAAUCAAACAAAUUUAUUAAAAAUGUUAGUCUACCUUCAAGUCAGUCCACCCUCAAGUCUGUGCU